UUGAGUUGCCUAGCACGAGAUUGUGAAAAUGGCUACAGUAGAAGCUUCUGUACCUUCAGCAGAACCUCAGGAAGAAGGAGAAAGCACUGAAGACAAAGUAGAAGUUGUGUUUGCAAUUGAGAAUUCCAGUGAAGAUGUGAAAGAUCUUUUCAGUCUCUCAGACUCAGUUCAAAAGUUAAAGGAAUACCUUUCUCAAAAAUUUGGAAACUCAUCGGACACCUUUAUUCUAUCACUUGAUGGUGAAACACUAUCAAACAAUGCCACAGUUGAUCAGUUUGGUGUUGUGGCUGGAUCCUCCAUUGAACUCCAAGUAAAGAUACUGACUCCAUUAGCACUGCCAGUCAGUAAGGAGGAGGAGGAGGAGGAGAAAUUAAAGAAAGAGAAAGAGAGAGAGGAAGAAGAGCUAGGAUAUGAUGAAAGGAUAUUUACAGUUCAAGUUAGAUUAGCUCAAGAGAUGAAGGAGUUAUUAGUAAAGAUGGAGAAGGCAAGGAUAAAGAAGCCAUUUCUUGGAGGAUACAGAGACAAGCAGACAGGACAGGAGUACCAUCAUGCCAGUGCACAAACACUACCCAGGAGGAAACCAGAUACUGGGAUUGCAAUGUUUGAGCGUGACACUCAGACUGUAUUCACACGUAAUUGCUACCAACAAGUAAUGGUAGAUGCAGCAACACAAAUGAAUCAAACUGGUUGUUACAUUACUAGUGUCACUGAUAAAAUAAAGAUACCUGGACCUUAUGAAACUGCUGAUGAAUAUCAUGGAAAGAUAUUGAAAAAGAUUAUAAUACUUCAGAGUCAUUGGAGGCGCUGGCUAGCUACUAAAUAUGUUAAUGCAGUGAGAGAAGAGAAACUAAUGAGAGAAUUAUGGGAGAGAGAGGAAGCUCUUAGGAAGCAGAGGGAGAGAGAGGCAAGGAGGAAGGCUGAGUUUGAAAGACGCAUGAAUCCAAGGACAAAGAAAGACUUUGAUCUGCUCUACCAUGCACUUGAAAUGUGGCGUAAGGAUGAAUUGGAAAGGAUUAAUAAUACAACAGCUGGUCCAGAGAGGAAGGCAGCAUUGUGUAUGUUAUUGGAACAGGAGGCAACACUCAUUGCAUCUAUUGGGAGGCACAAGGUUGUGGCUGAUGUUGAAAAUCAAGACAAACAAGUCAAGCAGUUCCUUGAAGCUGUAAAUACACAACACACAUUAUUGUUUUAUGCAACAUUUCCUACAUUUACAUACACUAAAUCCACACUUGCAAUCACAAAAACAGCAGAGAGUGAUCUACGUUACUUGAUAGAGAACAUAUGGGCUGGUCAGAGUGCAGUGAGUGGUGAGAAGGAUCUAUUUGAGUUGAUACUAGUUCGUUGGAAUAUCACUGAACACUGGAGCCCAUGGAACUGUAUAUUAUUGACAACUGAUGAAGCUAGGGCUCAUGUUAAACUGGAUGACCCAGAAAAGGCUUACAGUUCACAGUUUACAGAUAAAAUAAGACAGAGGCACAUAUUAGCAAGGAAUUAUUUCACACAGAUACCAGGAAUGAUGGAGGAAAUGUCAACUAAAGUCAAAGAACUACCUCUACCUCGUCCUAAAGAAAGAAUCAUUGUAGUUAGGCAACAUCCACAGGAACAACACCAGCAAUUAACUGUAGACUCUAACUAAAAAUAAUGCAUGCAUAUACAUCUACAUGUAUCUAUACAACUAUAAACAAUAAUGUUGUUUUUUCUUUAAUGUGAGAUGUGGGAUGUGUGAUCAA